AUGUCUUCCUCCUCCGGGCUCUUCCUCCUCCUCCAUGUGUUCUCCGUGUGGGGUGCGUUCGGCUCCGUGUCGGGGUCUCCCGCCCUGGAGGAGGUGUACCAGGCCGUGGUGAGCGUCGUGUCCCCGGGGCAGCAGUCUCUGAGCGGGGCUUCGCUCGGCUCCCUCUUUAAUACGCUGGAGAAACGUGUGCAGUGCGGAGCAGUGUCGUGUGGAAAGUGUAAUCUAACAGGUGGCGUUCACCAGCUGUUUGGCAAUCACUCCAUCCACGGGGAGGAUGAAGCUGGAAGAGUCAGCCAUAAUGAAACCAUCGGCGUCUCCCAGUUCAGCGACCUCGCCGCCGGCUCCGUCCUCUACCUCACUUCUCCUGGCCCGGUCUGCGACGCGAUCAUUGAGGGGAGGUGGGGCGAGGAGACGGAACAUUUCCUCCACAGGGUCACACAUCAUGAGCAGCACGAGCACCUGGAGCACGAAGAGGGCAGGACGCAACAUGACCACGAACACAUAGACGUUCACCAAUUAGAGACUGUGCUUGUAGAGCUCCGUCGCCACUAUGAGCCGUCACACAAUGAGAGCUGUCUAACAGCCAGCGACAUCAUGGCAGAAGUCAACGCAUCGUUACCAGACCAGAGACAGGAAGUGGGCGCGGUUCUGGGCCGGGUCCUGUAUCACGCUCUGCAAGGUCACUGCUUCGUCAGCGAGUCCCUGCCUGAGGAGAGCUUCUUCCUGGAUUACAUCCUGGCCCGUCUGGGGUCAGAGAACUUCGCUGUCGGGGAUUUGGAGGCUCUUAUGAGAAGUCUGAACAUUGGGAGUGACCACGAACAUGGGCACGAAUCCCACGGGGACGAACCCCACGGGGACGAACCCCACGGGGACGCACACCAAGAGGACGAACACCAAGAGGACGAACACGCCCAUCAUGAUGACAGCGGUGCAGGACGGAGGAGGAGGAGGAGCAGCCAUGAGGGACAUGGAGGAAACCGCACCUGGGAUAAGCGCUGUUUCUCGGCUGAAGAGCUGGUCCUGAUCUUCGGCCUGGAUGCAAACAGCUCUGCCUCCUCGGUUCGGUCCGACGUGGCCCGGCUCAGCCCGGCGUUCGUCCAGCAGAUACUGAGCGGAGCCUGCGCAGACAUGACAGAGCAAGUGAAACCAGAUGAUCUCACCAAGACGGAGAGAUACAUCUAUGCAACCAUCGCCAAUGUGGUGAUAACACUCGCGUCCAUGUUCGGCAUCGUGCUGCUGCUGUGCACCUCGUGUACCAGUGUGUUCCAGUUUUGUGUCCAGUUUUGCAUCAGUCUGGCUGUAGGUUCACUGACUGGAGAUGCCUUAUUGCACCUGUUACCUGUGUUUCUAGGUUUACACGCGCACGCAGACAAUGGCGGUGGCCACGAUCACCAGGAAGAAACUCCAGACUACAUUUACAAGAUGUUGGUGGUGAUAGCCGGGAUUUACUACUUUUACCUGAUGGAAACCGUCUUCUCUCUGAUCGCAUACAGAGAUAAUCACAGCCAUCACCAUCACCAGCACCAUCACGCCGAAGAAUCUGAGCCUCAUCACUGUGACCAUGGGAGGGUUUUAGAGAUGUAUCAGCAGGAAAGGAAACAAAGACAAGACAAGUCGGCCUCAAAAGCAGAUCUGGUGAGAAACCGUCAUUCGUGUUUUCCCCCUGCCUCUGCAGAACAGCGUCUGCUGCCUUACAUGAUCACCAUCGGUGACGGGAUCCACAACUUUGCAGACGGCUUAGCGAUAGGUGCAGCUUUCUCCCUGUCAUGGAAGUCUGGUUUGGCCACGUCUCUGGCUGUGCUGUGCCAUGAGCUACCACACGAACUGGGGGAUUUUGCCAUUUUGCUGCACAGCGGCGUGUCCGUACGCAGGGCCCUGCUUUUAAACAUCGCCAGUGCCAUGACCUCGUUCAUAGGCCUGUACAUCGCUUUGUCGGUCGCCACUGACCAGACAACCCAACAGUGGAUAGCCGCCGUCACCGCGGGACUCUUUCUGUACGUGGGACUGGCUGAUAUGCUCCCCACCAUGGUCCACAUCAGCAACAAGAGACCCUGGCUGAUGUUUCUGCUGCAGAAUGUCGGCCUUCUCACCGGCUGGGGAAUCCUGCUGCUGCUGUCACUUUACGAAGAGAGGAUCAGCUUUUAAGGCAGGGACUCGUACAAACAGCACGCCAGCACAUUGGUGUGGCUUGUUUCUGGUGCACUCAA